UUUAAUMAAAAAAAAUGCUGGAAGUUACUUAUAAGUUUAUCUCGUGUGUUGUGAAUAAGGUACAUCUGUUGGAACGGCUGUGACUUAUAUGGUAUGUGGUUACUUGAUGGAUUGGCUGGGUUGGGAGAGUGUAUUUUACAUUACUGGAUUAAUCGGUUUGGUAUGGAAUUUAUUUUGGAGUUAUCUUGUUUAUGAUUCGCCAAGAGUGCACCCGACUAUAACUGAAAAAGAACUAAAAUACAUAGAAAGCAGUCUAGGCAACUCUAUUAUAAAAAAUGUUUCCUCUUCUACACCUUGGAAAUCAAUUUUGACGUCUUUGCCUUUGAUGGUGAACAUCAUAUCGCAAAUUGGUUAUAACUGGGGAAUGUACACAAUAUCCCUACAAGCACCAACUUAUUUCAAAUUUGUGUUGGGUUUCAACCUGAAACAGACAGGUAUUUGGUCUGGUGUACCACAUUUGUUCCUAUGGCCAUUUGCGUUUAGUUUUGGUUGUUUAUGUGAUCAUUUAAUCCAAGCUAAAAUAAUGUCCAUAACAAAUGUUCGCAAAUUGGCUUGCGUUUUCAGCAACAUAGUCCAUGGUUUGUUUAUAUUGACGUUUGCAUAUUCUGGAUGUAACGAAGCCUUUGUCAUAUUUAAUUUGAUAUGCGCCGUGGUCGUGAGUGGUGCAAUUUCUUCGGGAGCACUUCCAGGAAUUGUAGAUCUAGCUCCAAAUUUUGCGGGAGUGUUACAAGGCAUAAAUGGAACAAUUGUAAUAUUAUGCAUUAGUGUUUCACCAUACAUUGUGGGAUUGAUCACAUAUCAACAGCAAACUCUAGAACAAUGGAAAAAAGUAUUUAUUGUAUCUGCGGCAUUUUGUUCAUUAACAGGAAUUGGAUUUUUGAUUUUUGGAAGUUCUAAAUUACAAAAAUGGAAUAAUGAGGAGCAGAAAGAUGUAAAGGAAAUUCAGCCUAUAGUGUGAGAACUAUAAAAACUAAAAAAAAAGUGUAUUAAAAAUUACACAAUGAAUCUAUAGAAUUUAAAGAUCACAUUUUAGGUCUAAUGUUUUUAAUAAUAUUUUUAAGUUCAUUAAAAUUA